CCUCGACGCGGCCUGUGGCACCGGGCUCGUGGCCCAGGAGCUGCAGGGGCUGGGGUUCAGCCGCAUGCAUGGAGUGGAUGGCAGCAGGGGCAUGCUGGAGAUUGCACGCCAGAAGGGGCUAUACCAGGAGCUGAAGCACUGUAUUCUGGGCCAGGAGCCCUUGCCACUGCCCACAGGCCAGUACGAUGCAGUAAUCAUUGUAGGGGCACUCAGUGAAGGGCAGGUGCCCUGCAGCGUGGUCCCAGAGCUGCUCCGUGUCACGAAACCAGGAGGGUUCUUGUGCCUGACCACAAGGACCAAUGUGACAAACCUGCAAUACCUGGCCAAGUUGCAGGGGAUGCUGGAGGACCUGGAGGAGCAAGGCCUGUGGGCAAAGGUCUCUACCCAGGAAGUUGAGAAAUGGGAGAAGGCAACUUCAGGGCAGGAGAGCACCCAGAACUCAGACUACAUCUCUGGGGUGGUGUACAUGUACCGGAAGUGCUGAGGAGCCAGGGCCAUAGAGGGGUCUGUCUUCUCUUGCCUCUGCAAACCUACAGAGUCCAUGUAUACUCUCUCUGGUCCUGCUGAACAGAUAGUCUGGGGUGCAUCUCAGUUGGAUGGGUAUCAACAUACUCUGGAUGGUGCUCUGUCCAGCUGACAUCUGGGAACAUACAAAAAGCUGAUUCAUCAACAGGGCAGCCUGUUUACCCAAUCGUACCUACUGUGCCACCCCGAUGAUUCUCCAGCUGCCAUCUCUCCUCAGCUUCCUCUCUUCACCUCCCAGCUCAUGUUCCUGGUAGUACCACCAGGCUCAGUCUAUCCCAACUCAAACACCAGGUGUGACCAUCUCCUACCCUUCCUCCCUUUAUCUCCCAGGUCACUAAGUGAGCCAUCACAACCUCCACCUGGUGCCAUCCUCCAGCAGCACUAGACUAUUUUUUUUAAAUAAAACCUUUCACGUUCCAAGCCAAAUCAA